AGCCUCCCACGACGAGUUGCUCGUGGGCUGCAGGGUGGAGUGGUGGACUCCACCAUUUCAGACCGUAAAGGAGCGUGCGCUCUAGUUGGGCACAAACCAAACCUGCAACAACCACACAGCUGAAGUCCGAAGAAGCAUGGGCGGUUUUACUUCUGAGGAAAUGUGUCAAAGGAAAUAUAUUUUAGUAGCACUACCAGCGAAAGGUCUUCUACGUGUGCUGUCUUACUUCACGCAGGGCUCUAUUCGCCGCCGCGCUCAGAACCACCGUCCGAUAGUAGCGGAAGCAGAACCCAGAAUUCUACGCCUCAUUCCGCGCGCGGGACGAAGCAGUUCUCGAAACAGGCCGAAGGGAGAACUUUCCGUUCGGGGGAGGGAUUCCCGCGUUCUCCGUGAAGCCCGGCAGGCAGCCGCUGGUAUCUGCAGAGCGCAUGCGCCCCGCAGCUCAGUUGGCCGGUAGUUGCCUCAGUUAUCAAGAGAGGGCGCACGGGGGAGCGUUGAUAGAGCUCCUGAGAACUAAAACCAGGCCGGCGAGACGCGGGUCGAUUACACUCCGCAGCUGAGAACAAGUGUCAACGUCGACCCCACCCCCUCACCACCACGCCCCGCUGUUGUCUUGAAGAGAGGAAAGGUGUUCGGUGAACGAAAACGACUAAGAAGGCGGUGGACUCCUAGAAAAGGAAAUUGCCCGAGGGGAAUGACCGGGCAGGAAAAGGGGAGACCACAGUCUGGAUCGCGAAUCGUAGCAGGAGUGUUGUCUGGCGUGCAGAAGAGAAAAGGCGGGUACGCCGGCUGGCAGGGGCUGCUGCCAACCCGUGAGCGCUCGUCCUAGAGGUACGGCGGGUCGAACAUGGAGCGAAGUGGGGACAGCCAUCGGGCGAACCAGCUGGCGAGUGCUGCUGCCCGCGGAGAUUUGGAGACAGUCGAGAGGCUGCUGGAGAGCGGGGCGGACCCCAAUGCCGCCAACGUCUUCGGCCGGACCCCAAUCCAGGUUAUGAAGAUGGGAAGCCCCAAAGUGGCGGAACUGCUGUUGCAGAGAGGAGCAGAUCCCAACAGGCCAGACCCCUCCACGGGUGCAACACCAGCACACGAUGUGGCCCGUGGGGGAUUCCUGGACACUUUGAAGAUCCUGUACCACUGGGGGGCUCGCUUUGAUCAGUUGGACAGAUGGGGCCACUUCCCACUAGACUUGGCAAGAGAGAAUGGGCAAAAUCACGUGGUUGAUUUCUUACAAGAAUUCUCUGGUUGAAACUUUUUAAUGGAGUACAUGAAGAAUCAGUAUAAAGAAUGGAGUGGGAAAUGCCCCUGAAAAGGAAUGCAAAGAACAGCAGUAAAGACUAUGCUGGCCUGAAACUGUCGGACAGGCCUGGUACAGCAUUCAUGCUAGAUGUCCUUUUUUUCUCAAGACUCAUGGAAAGAUUAGAAUUCUCUAGCUCUUUCAGAAUGAAACUGGGGUUUUCUAUUUUUUCAUGCUACCCUCAUAAAAGACACUACCUGCA